UACUUGUGUUUAAAUUAUAUAAACUAGUAAUAUUCUCGAAGUAACCACACACCAGCCAUCUACGAAACAUGAGGGUUCUAUUCGUUUUGGUUUUUAGCUGCUUGUUGGCAACAUGCUUUGCAGAUGACCUCGACGAUUAUGAAAUCAACAACAACACAUUUUCAGAGGAUUUCUUAUUCGGAACGGCAACCUCAGCAUAUCAAGUAGAAGGAGCUUGGGAUGAGGAUGGCAAAGGCGAGAACAUUUGGGACCGAUUGACGCAUACUACCGAACUAAUUAAAGACAAAAGCACUGGAGACAUUGCCUGUGACUCUUACCACAAGUACAAGGAAGAUGUAGCUCUGCUGAAAGAUUUAGGAGUGUCCCAUUAUAGGUUCUCUCUAUCAUGGUCUAGAAUUUUGCCAACAGGUUUUGCAAACAAGGUAAACACUGCCGGAGUGACUUAUUACAAGAACCUCAUAAAGGAGUUAAAGGAUAACGAUAUCGAACCCUUCGUGACUAUUUUCCACUGGGAUACUCCUCAGCCAAUUCAUGAUGCUGGCGGCUGGACCAGCGAAUUCGUCGUGGAUUGGUUCGCCGACUACGCAAGAGUCGUCUUUGAGUUGUUCGGCGAAGACGUCAAAUACUGGCUCACAUUCAACGAACCCAAACAGACUUGCCACGAAGGCUAUGGAUCAGCGAAGAAGGCACCCGCCAUUUCGUCUCCAGGAGUAGGAGAAUACCUUUGCACGCACAACCUGCUCAAAGCACACGCCAGAGCCUGGCACAUUUACGACGAAGAGUUUAGGUCCACCCAAAAUGGUAAAAUUUCUAUCGUCAUCGAUACACCAUGGUACGAACCAGCUACUGAAGAUGAUGAAGACGCUGCUGAAAGGAAACGACAAUUUGUUUUCGGUUGGUAUGCUAACCCCAUUUUCAACGGUGACUACCCAGAGAUCAUGAAGACUCGCAUUGCUGAAAGGAGCGAGUUGGAAGGAUUCGGAGAAUCUCGCCUGCCCGCCUUCACGAAAGAUGAGAUAGACUACAUCAAAGGAACCUACGACUACUUGGGGCUCAACAGUUACUCCAGCUAUAUGGUGAAGACCGACCCCGAACCAGAUAUCGGCAGCCCCAGUUGGGAUGACGACACCGGUAUCUACGAGUAUCAACUGGACGAUUGGAUACCAGCUGCCUCCGACUGGGUUAGGGUUACUCCUUGGGGAAUGAGAAAAUUACUUGCUUGGGUAAAAAAGACCUACAAUAAUCCGGCCAUCAUUAUUACAGAGAAUGGAUUCUCAGAUGAUGGUACUUAUGGUGACGACGCGACCAGGAUUCUCUACUACCAGACUUAUCUAAGUAACGUAUUGGACGCUAUAAUAGAGGAUGAAGUUAACGUUUUCGGUUACACUGUAUGGAGUUUGCUAGACAAUAUGGAAUGGAUGGUUGGAUAUACUGAGAAGUUCGGUCUCUACCAAGUAGAUUUCAGCAGCAAAAACAGAACAAGAACUGCCAAGCCUUCUGUGGACUAUUAUAAAAAGGUCAUACAAACUCGCUGCCUAGUAGACACAUGUGAAACUGAUACAAAAAAGCGUUAGAAUAGUUUUGUUCAAUUCGAUGGUAAAUAAAUGUCUUGAAAGUUA